AUGGUACUUUUGCCGUCGAAUCAGAAGGAAUUCGCUGAUCCAACAUACUGGAAGAAGUUCUUCGAGAAGUGCGACAAUUCUGUGUUCGAAUGGUAUGGCGAGUACAUGAGUUUGGCGCCAAUACUUGAGAGUUAUAUCAAGCCGAACUUUAAGAUUCUUCAGGUUGGAUGUGGUAACUCGAAUUUGGCAGAACAAGUAAGUUUUUUUGUCUUUUUUGUUGGUUUUUAGGUACAAUUCGAGGAAUGUGUCAUAACUCUGUCAAAAGUUAGCGAAAUUUAAAAAAAAAUUUGUUAAGUAGCUUGCUUGUAGUUUUUUAAAGGACUGAAGUUAUAAUUUUUUAGUUAUUCGACAAUGGGUUCCGAAAUGUGACGAGUAUUGAUAUUGAUAACAAAGUGAUUCAAAAACAGAUCAAACGGAAUGAAAGCCGAUCAGGAUUGGAGUUCAAAGUUGCUUCUGUAACUAAAGUAAGUAUAGUUGUUUAAAGUAGGUACUAUUUUCUAUCUUUAAUCACCUAAUUUUUUAUUUUCUAUAUUAAUAUAAGUGAAAAAGCUCUUCUUUGCUAACUUUUUAAUUUCAGACUGACUUUGAAGACGAAACUUUUAACACAGUGCUCGACAAAGGUACCUUGGACGCUUUGCUACCUCCAGAAGCUGAUGCCGACACAGAAAAAGUUGUGACCGAGAUGUUCAAUGAAAUCGACCGUGUGUUAACCAACCUUGGACGUUAUAUUGUUGUAACCUUGGCUCAAGAACACAUUGUACGUAAAGUUUUGCAACAUUUCUACGACUCACAAAGAUUUAUUGUUCGAGUACAUCGUGUUGAAUCGAAUCGUCAAUUCUCCAUGCCGGUAUUUGUAUUUGUUUUCACUAAACUGAAGGGUCAGAUGAAGACUGCCAUUGAAUAUGUGAACUCAGCGAACCGAAUUGAGAGAAUAGAAGAAGUUGAUGCUUUGAUGACAAACUUGACUGGAGAACGAGAAUUUGCUUGGUUAUUCCAUCAGACUUCUGGGUAAGGGGGAAGUUAAAAGUUUUGUUAUAAAGGGCAUAUUAAGGAUAAUAUAACUUCUUUUGUCCAGAACUUUUUUAGUGUAAGUAUAGAGAGUUGACACUUUUAGGAAUUAUAGGUUUUUUUAUUUUGUUAUCAUGGCUAAAAAUGGCAGUUCUUCAAAUUUUUAAGUUAUGUUAAUUUUUGAUUUAAAAACGCCGAAGGUUUAUCUCGUUUUUGAUUUUAAAAUUAUUUCAUUGACAUUAUUUUAGCUGUUUACGUGAAGAAGUCUCCCUAACUCUGAACGAUUUGACCGGAAAACCUCGAUACUCAUUCACGAUCUUGGACGAUCCUUCCUUAACAACCCUUCUUACUUACGGUGUCUUUGUAGCUCCCGUAGGUCACGAAACGGACUGGCUUUUCUCAACCCCAAAAGGUCGUGCCACUCUUCGUAAACAAUGUUGUCGACACAGGCUUCUUUUGGUCAGACUAAUGCCAAACCAGGUCUACCUAUCCAUCAAUCAUAUUGAACUGGAAAUUACUGAUCUUGCUCAACGAUUGGCACCACCCUACUUUGGCCAAAAAUCGAUUGAAUUCUUAUCUUUGGGUCGAAUGGAAUCAAUGGAAACCAUCGCUUCAGGAGAGUCACCGGUCAACGGAAAAUGGACAGUAGAGCACGUUAAAGGUAUCGAAGACAAGGUCUACCGACGCCUCAUCUUCCUCAACUCGAGCAGUUUGAUUCAAUCCGAAGUGGAGAUGACUCAAACCAAAAACAAGCUCAAAAUGAACGACGACUACCUCUCCUGUGACCAUCAUCGCUCCAUGAUCACGGCCCUUCAAUUCAUCGCCGGAGACUUGGAUUCAGCCAUUGCCAAGUCAGAAAACUACAGAUUCUGUGUGUUAGGAUUGGGAGGAGGAUUGUUGGCCAAGUUUUUGCACAAAAAGUUGCCGAAAUGCAAAGUUGUGGGUAUUGAAUACGAUCCAGCUGUGGUGAAGAUCGCCAAAGGACAGUUUGCGUUGCCAACUGAUGACAGAGUUGAGGUUAAAGUGUGUGAUGCCUAUGAUUAUAUGCUGGAGACUAGUGAGAAGUCGGGUAAGAGGUUAAUUUAAGAUUUUGAGGUUGAUGGAACUUGGAGUUAGGGGGUUGAAAUGAUUUUUUUUUGGUUUUAUUGCUAGAUAUUGCGGUUAGAAAGGCACUUUUCGAUUUAAAAUUGCGGUUUUUGAAUAGAAAUGAGUAUUUUUAAAGAUACAUGAGCAAUAUUAAGGGUGAAAAAGGGGUUUCUGUGGUUUUAUUGGGUUUAGAAUGGCAUUCUUUUUAAAUUGAGAGGUGAUGGUGAAGAUAUGUAGAAUGGCAAAAAUUUUGGUUAUCAGGGUAAAAUUUGAUGAAAUUUAAAGAUAUUUUGCUAUAAAAGGUAGUUUUAUGUCUACUUUUUGUUAUUGUUUUAUAAAGCCUUUAACAAAUGGAUAUUAUACUAAAAUGAUCAAUUAUAACAUGCUUGGUCAUUUCAGACGAAGAAAAAUUUGAUGUAGUAUUCAUGGAUUUGGCCACAAGUGAAAGCGACAUCGAUGGUCUAGCUUGUCCACCAUCUAAGUUCGCGACUCCAGAAGCUAUCGAACUGGCCAAGAAAUGCCUAAAACCGAAAGGAGUCUUCACCAUGAACUUGGUGACCAGAGAUGACGAGAUUGUGAAUAGAGUCAAGAAUGACACGGUCAAAGUGUUCCCGCACGCUCAUGUCAUCAAUGAGGAGGAGGAUGUGAACGAAGUGCUGGUCUGUCCACUUCAUUUCGAUAAGAACGUGCUCAAGAAGUUGCCCAAAGAUCAACUGGAACGAUGGAUCGUGAGCUACACGAACAUGCUACAGAAGCUACAACCAAUCGCGACCAAGAACAAGAAAUAA